AUGGCAGCCACACUUCAAGAUCUCGCCCGCUAUGUCGACCCAACCAAGCCAAGCUUUCUUCUCUCGGCUGCGUCAAUUGCCUUCAACCCGACUUUCUGGAACAUUGUCGCUCGUCAAGAGUACAACAACAAGCUUCUGACGAACCUGUUCGGUGGCCGAUCCCGCACAGCCUGCUACGGUCUCGCCGCGACCAUCUUCUCGCUCGGCCUCUUCCGCGACUUCCUCUACAAGACCGCCAUUAGCGAGCAACCCACGCACCCAUUGCUAACGAGCGUCUACUCCCAAGCCGCGGCCUACACCCUCAUCGCCCUCGGAAACACAUUUGUCAUCUCGUCGACAUGGCGCCUCGGCAUCACCGGCACCUUCCUGGGCGAUUACUUUGGCAUCCUCAUGGACGAGAUGGUCACCGGGUUCCCAUUCAACGUCGUCGGUGCGCCCAUGUACUGGGGCUCCACCAUGAGCUUCCUGGGCACCGCGCUUCUCUUUGCUAAGCCAGCAGGACUCGCGCUGACCUUCUGGGUGUUCCUCGUGUACGUCGUGGCCCUGCGCUUCGAGGACCCGUUCACGUCCGAAAUCUACGCCAAGCGCGAGCGCGAGAGGUCGGGCAAAAAGCAGAAAUAA